GGCCUAACUGAGAAGAAACUCUGAUUAAUCUCCGCCAUUAAGCCGCCUUUCACCAAGUUCGCCAUAGCUAAUCGCCGUCGCGCUUCGAUGGCUCCUCCUCCAUUGCUACACCUCUAUUUGAGAAGAAGCUCCACUAAAACUCCUCUCAGCUAUCUCCUCGUCGGUCGAUCUUCUUCAUCGAGCUCCAACGAAUCCAUUUCCAGUCAAAGCCGACCAAUCGCCGGGACGGAGAUACGCGGCGGUGGAAGAGGAGGAGAGGAAGUACAAUUCUACCGUGCUAGAUCUUUGACCUUAUCUAAUCUGGUCCAUUCUAGUACUCAUCAUCAUCCCACACACUCCUCUAUAGGUUUCAGAGGUUUAUCUAGUAGUGGAGAAUGCGAUGACGAAAUCGAAUCUGAAUGCGAUGACAAUGAUGAAGAUGAUGAUCUUGCUAGUGAUAAAAUUGAUGUAAACUGUGUUGUUGAUUCAAAUACUAACCCAGAGGAAGUAGAGAGAGUCUGCAAAGUGAUCGAUGAGCUCUUUGCCUUAGAUAGAAACAUGGAAGCUGUUCUCGACGAAAUGAAUGUAUCUCUCUCUCACGAUCUGAUCGUUGAGGUUUUAGAACGGUUUAAACACGCUAGGAAGCCUGCGUUUAGAUUCUUCUGCUGGGCCGGAGAGAGGCCAGGCUUUGCUCACGACUCGAGAACAUACAACUCAAUGAUGACUAUCUUAGCCAAGACUCGACAGUUCGAGACGAUGGUUUCUUUGCUUGAGGAGAUGGGCGUGAAAGAGUUGCUGACGAUGGAGACCUUCACUAUCGCGAUGAAGGCCUUCGCUGCAGCCAAAGAGAGGAAGAAAGCUGUUGGUAUCUUUGAGCUGAUGAAGAAGUACAAGUUCAAAAUCGGCGUCGAGACGAUUAACUGCUUGCUGGAUAGUCUUGGGAGGGCGAAGCUUGGGAAAGAGGCUCAGGUUUUGUUUGAUAGGUUGAAGGAGAGGUUUACUCCGAAUCUGAUGACGUACACUGUUCUGCUUAAUGGUUGGUGUAGAGUUAAGAAUUUGAUGGAGGCGGCUAGGAUCUGGAACGGGAUGAUUGAUCAGGGUUUGAAACCUGACGUUGUGGCUCAUAAUGUUAUGCUUGAAGGUUUGCUGAGGAGUAGAAAAAAAUCUGAUGCGAUUAAACUGUUCCAUGUCAUGAAAGCUAAGGGGCCUUGUCCUAAUGUCCGUAGCUAUACUAUCAUAAUUCGCGACUUCUGUAAACAGUCUAGCAUGGAAUCUGCUGUUGAGUAUUUUGAUGAUAUGGUUGAUUCCGGUUUGCAGCCCGAUGCUGCGGUUUACACGUGUCUGAUCACGGGGUUUGGGACUCAGAGAAAGCUGGAUACGGUUUACGAACUGCUCAAGGAGAUGCAAGAGAAGGGGCAUCCUCCGGAUGGUAAAACGUACAACGCUCUGAUUAAACUGAUGGCGAGUAGGAAGAUGCCUGAACACGCGGCAAGGAUCUACAACAAGAUGAUACAGAACGGGAUCGAGCCGUCCAUACACACGUUCAACAUGAUGAUGAAAUCUUACUUCAUGGCGAGAAACUACGAGAUGGGGAGAGCGGUUUGGGAGGAGAUGAUGAAGAGAGGGAUUUGUCCUGACGACAACUCAUACACGGUUUUGAUCAGAGGGCUUAUAGGUGAAGGGAAGUCGAGAGAGGCGUGUAGGUACUUGGAGGAGAUGCUCGACAAAGGAAUGAAGACUCCUUUGAUUGAUUAUAACAAGUUUGCUGCUGAUUUUCAUAGAGGAGGGCAGCCGGAUAUAUUUGAGGAAUUGGCACAGAGAGCUAAGUUCUCUGGUAAGUUUGCUGCUUCGGAGAUCUUUGCAAGGUGGGCUCAGAUGACUAGAAGGAGAUUCAAACAGAGAUUCACGGAAGAUUGAUGACUUAGGGAUCUUUCAACUCACUCACCAGGAGAAGGCUUGUGCUCAUCUGCAAAUUCUUGUGUUGAGCCAGGACUAACUUAGAUCAAGAACAUGACUUUAAAUGCACUGCUUAGACUUAUCUUAGCCACAUGGUUUGCUUUGAAACAAAUACUUGAGGUAGCACAAGUUGUUAUGUUAUCAUCAACACAACCUGUCUACUUACAAAGGCCAAGUGCCUCAAGGAUGUCUCUGCUCUUUGUACUGUAAGAUUUGUCUGAACGACAGCUUAUAUAUUAUUGAUUCCAUUGUAACAUGUUACAGUAUUGAGUUAUUACUUUUCAAAACCCAUAUCUUUGUCCACUGAGAUGUAAAGCAUCGUAUAUCUUCUUCAUUCAUAAGAUGUAAAUGUGUUCAAGGCCGCUACAUUUAGCAAAUGGAAAAAAGGCAGAAAGGGAAAACUUUAUAUGUCAAAA